ACUAUAUUCAUUUUAAACGCACGUCUCUGCCUAUAAAUACAGGAGAGUUCCUUCACAAAAUCAGUCAGCGUUUUCUGUUCUUCGCCAGAAACACCGCACCAACAUCGCAUCAGUAUUUUCCACGUUAAUCUGUCAGUGAAUAAAUAGGCAACUAGAAAUGGCUCCUAAUAUGUCUCUGCUUGUUUCCAUUCUUUCCAUAAUUGCAAUUGUGCAAGCUAAACCUGUCGAUGUUGCACCUUCAGCCCUGACAAAAAAUGCUGCCGCUGUUCCAGUUGAGGCCCCCGCAAGCGAUCUCGCCGAUGUUGCACCUGCAGCCCUCGCAAAAAAUGCUGCCGCUGUUCCAGUUGAGGCCCCCGCAAGCGAUCUCGCCGAUGUUGCACCUGCAGCCCUGACAAAAAAUGCUGCCGCUGUUCCAGUUGAGGCCCCCGCAAGCGAUCUCGCCGAUGUUGCACCUGCAGCCCUGACAAAAAAUGCUGCCGCUGUUCCAGUUGAGGCCCCCGCAAGCAAUCCCACCAAGAGACUUUAAUUGAUAUGAAUUCUUUUCCCUCUGGGAUUGUUAAGACAUAAAGAUUGCCAAUCUGAAAAAUACUGUACAUAUUUGACACUAUAUGCUUCUGAAAUAAAUAAUGAUUUAUUUCGGUAUAUUUUAUAUUACAUAUUGUAUAAUAAAGAUUAAUUAUUUUUUA